GCAGGGAAUAACAGCUUGACCAAUUAGAAAACGAAGCAUAUGGUGUGGUAGGCGCAUGAGAAUCUUGGUAGCUGUUGGGAAGGUUGUUUGCUGCGAAUUCACCAAUGGGAAACAAGGUGUCAAUGAAGCCAGUCAUCCCAAAUGUAAAAGCCCAGGAAGAAGAAGAAUUGGUGGACCCCCAACAGACCCUUAGGGAGCGGUGCCACGAGUUGCCGAAAUGCACAGCACUUCAUGAAAAGUACACUACGUGCAAUGACCGAGUGAACUCUAGAACGAAGACAGCAGAAAUCUGCAGUGAAGAACUCUUUGACUAUCUCCACUGUGUGGAUGCCUGUGUUACCAAAACUUUGUUCUCACGUCUUAAGUAGAACUACCAAAUGUAUUCAUUAGUCAUGUACAGUUUAUAAAGUUGUAUGCACUAGAACACAUUUUGUUGAGAGUAUGUACAUUAUUUUCACUUACAUUAAAUAAAAACAAAAAGUAAAAGAUGAAAA